AUGCGCAACGUUCUCCUCGCUGUUUCCGCCAUCAGCGGUUUGGCUGCUGCCCUUCCCCAGAGGCCCAACUUUGAGGCUGCUAAGGCUGUUCCUCUGCCCAGUGUCGAACACCUUAAACCAAAGGUUGAUGAGAAGCCAAACGCCCCUAUCAAGUACAACCAGCCCGCCGCCGUCCAAGAGGUCAAGCAAGAUGUCAGCAACAACGGUGUGCAGACCAGGAAGCGUUCGACCUCUUGCAGCGGCACUCCGGAGGCAGGAGGUGCUGCACCUCUUCCCGGCGAUGGCUCUCCUGCCGCCUACCUUUCUACCACAAACAAUGUACUCAAGGACAGUGCUGAUGGAGCAACUGCUCCCGCCGGCUACACCGAGGCUUUCAAGGGCCUUAACAAAGCCACCCAGCAGAUUGGUUACUUGACCUACAAGAACAUUGAGACUGGCGGUUACAAUGUCCAGGAAUGCGCCAACUUCUGUGAUAGCGAGAAGUUCUGCCUUGGCUUCAACAUCUACUACGAACGUGAUCCCAAAUACGCGCCUUCCUCUUCCUGCACGGAUCCUGAGCCCCAGACCAACCUCAAGUGCGCUCUCUUCGGAUACCCCGUCUCCGCAAACACCGCUGUCAAUGAUGGCCAGUACCGCGAGCAAUUCCAAGUUGUCAUUGCUGGUAGCAACGGAUACUCUAAGCGCCAAGAUACCACCUGCAGGGAUGCUCCUGUUGUGUCCCGCUUCAAUGCACCAACCCAACUUCCCGCUGCUAUCGAUGCUCCUUCCAUCACCAAGAACGGCCAAGAAUACAGCACCUACAAUGGCAUGCGCCUCUUCAACGAGAACCCCUACGAUCCCAGCCUUUGCGCUGCUGCUUGCGAGGCCCAGACCGCUUUCGAUAAGGAGCACCUCGUCGAUGACAACGGCGAGUACAGGCCAUGCAACUUCUUCACCUCUUACAUCUUGACUCAGAACGACGUUCCUCUCGGAACUUACUGUGCGCUCUACACUCAGAACUGGAGCUCUUCAUUUGCCACUAACACUGGCUACCACUGGGAAUCCGAUGAGUACCGCACCAUUUGCGCUGCUUCGUACAGCCUUACUGCCCAAGACAGCGGCCGCAUCGCUACACCUGCUUAA